GGAAAGAAAUGAGGUGGGAAUUGGUAGGAAGGGGUUACAUAUUUUUGCAGUCAUUAAGACGAUUAAAGGGGGCUGCUAUGAAGUUCAUCCAGAGUUACAAGCCUUUGCGAGUCAGUCACUGGAACCUCGCCAUAGAACUGAUAAUGUUUCUGUCAGAUAGUCUGUACCUGAGGAUGGUUGGUUUGAAAUCAACUGUGAUGGUGCUCUUCAUCGUCAUUCAAAGGUAGCUGUGAGUACUUGGGUUCAAUGUUAAGAAUGUUGCUGUUAAGGAUCUUAAGCGAGGAUACGUUGCUUCUAACUCCAAGGAUGAUCCUGCCAAGGAGGUUGCCAACUUCACUUCUCAGGUCAUUAUUAUGAACCACCCUGGCCAAAUUGGUAAUGGAUAUGCCCCAGUCCUUGACUGUCAUACCUCCCACAUUGCUGUCAAGUUUGCAGAGUUGUUGACCAAGAUUGACAGACGAUCUGGAAAGGAGCUUGAGAAGGAACCCAAGUUCUUGAAAAAUGGUGAUGCUGGUUUUGUGAAGAUGAUUCCCACCAAGCCCAUGGUUGUGGAGACCUUCUCUGAGUACCCACCUUUGGGUCGUUUUGCUGUGAGGGACAUGCGGCAGACCGUGGCUGUUGGUGUUAUUAAGAGUGUUGAGAAGAAGGACCCAUCUGGUGCCAAGGUCACCAAGUCUGCAGCUAAAAAGGGUGGAAAGUGAACAAUGCAACAAGAGCCCUAAGGUUUUGCAGUUUGUGCAAAUGGAGUAUUCUAUCCUGGUUAUAGUUUUAAGAACUUGAUUUCUCAGUCUUUCAAAACUUUUCUUUGUCGUUAUAUUUAGUAUCUUCCCUUCGAAUUUGAGUAGCAAGUCUCAGAAUUUGGCGCAUCAUAGCCGGCGGCAGUCAUAGCAUUUUGGUUCUACCUGUUUUGUGGAGUAUUUAAAGUUGAGAUGCUUUGGUUUGCUGAGGCAUCUCAGAAGUUUUGUGUCUGAUUUUGCGGAACUAUCUUCUAUAUAUUUGCUCAGUUUCUGUCCCUAUAUACUUGAUUAUCAUGUUCUAU